CCCAACCCCACUUCUCCUUGGUCAACUGCUCUGCAAACAACCAUCAAUCUGAAUCCCAAAGGCCUGAGAGAGCUAACCUCCAGUACCUUCUGCUGAUCUCCUGCCUCAGCCAGCAAGAAGCACCAUGAAACUGGAAUUCACUGAGAAAAACUACAACAGCUUCAUGCUGCAGAACCUGAACAAACAGAGGAAGCGUAAAGAGUACUGGGACAUGGCCCUGACUGUGGACCACCACGUCUUCUUUGCACAUCGCAACGUGCUGGCUGCCAUCUCCCCGCUGGUGAAGAGUCUCAUCUCCAGCAAUGACAUGAAGACCACCGAUGAGCUCUUUAUCACCAUCGACCCCAACUACCUGAGCCCACUCACGGUGGACCAGCUCCUGGACUACUUCUACAGCGGCAAGGUGGUGAUCUCCGAGCAGAAUGUGGAGGAGCUGCUUCGUGGGGCCCAGUAUUUCAACACGCCACGCCUUCGAAUCCACUGCAACGACUUCCUGAUUAAGUCCAUCCGCCGUGCCAACUGCCUGCGCUACCUCUUCUUGGCCGAGCUGUUUGAGCUCAAAGAGGUGUCAGACUUGGCCUACUCUGGCAUUCGUGACAACUUCCACUACUGGGCCAGCCCGGAGGGCUCCAUGCAUUUCAUGCACUGCCCACCCAUCAUCUUCGGCCGCCUGCUCCGUGAUGAAAACCUUCACGUGCUCAAUGAAGAUCAGGCUCUCAGCGCCCUCAUCAACUGGGUGUACUUCCGGAAGGACGAGCGGGAGAAGUAUUUCAAGAAGUUCUUCAGUUACAUCAAUCUCAAUGCCGUCUCCAACAAGACAUUGAUGUUUGCGAGCAACAAGCUGAUGGGCAUGGAGAACAGCUUAACCCAUGCGACCCUGAUUGAGAGUGUCCUGAUGGACCGGAAGCAGGAGCGGCCAUGUAGUCUGCUGAGCUACCAGCGGAAAGGGGCCCUGCUGGAUUCAGUGGUCAUCCUUGGUGGCCAGAAGGCCCAAGGCAAGUUCAACGAUGGAGUGUUUGCCUAUAUCAUCCAGGAGAACCUGUGGUUGAAACUCUCAGAGAUGCCCUAUCGGGCAGCAGCCCUUAGUGCCACCUCUGCGGGUCGCUAUAUCUACAUAUCUGGUGGCACCACGGAGCAGAUUUCAGGGCUGAAGACAGCCUGGCGGUAUGACAUGGAUGAAAACUCCUGGACCAAGUUGCCUGACCUGCCCAUCGGGCUUGUCUUCCACACCAUGGUGACCUGCGGAGGGACAGUGUACUCAGUGGGUGGGAGCAUUGCCCCCAGACGCUAUGUCUCUAACAUCUACCGCUAUGACGAGCGUAAGGAGAUCUGGUGCCUGGCAGGGAAGAUGAGCAUCCCCAUGGAUGGCACAGCCGUGAUCACCAGGGGCGACCGGCACCUGUACAUUGUCACUGGGCGGUGCUUGGUGAAAGGUUACAUCUCCCGGGUCGGGGUGGUGGACUGCUUUGACACCAUCACCGGAGAUGUGGUCCAGUGUAUCACCUUCCCCAUUGAGUUCAACCACCGGCCCCUGCUCUCUUUCGGUCAGGAAAACAUCCUCUGCGUGCACAGCCACCGGCAGAGUGUGGAAAUCAAUCUGCAGAAAAUAAAAGCCAACAAGACGGCCACUUCCGUGCCUCUUUUGCCCAACAACUGCCCCUUGGAUGUGUCCCAUGCCAUAUGCUCCAUUGGAGACAGCAAAGUGUUUGUCUGUGGGGGCGUCACCACAGCCAGCGAUGUCCAGACAAAGGACUACACCAUCAAUCCUAAUGCCUACUUGCUGGACCAAAAGAUAGGCGAGUGGAAGACCCUGGCCCCGCCGCCAGAGGCCCUGGACUGUCCUGCCUGCUGUCUAGCCAAGCUACCUUGCAAGAUUCUUCAAAGGAUUUGAACAACUUUAUAAGCGGGAGAAUACGUAAAUGCAUUAUUAUUCACAAUUUAACGAGAGAGAGAGAG